GUCUGAACUCAUAUAUAACCGACAUUCAUAGAUUGACAUUAUCGUUAUUAUUGUUAUUGGGUUCCCUGUGGGCAUGAUGUCACGUGAUUGAUGAGCCCACGAGGGAUUUGUUGAGUUCAUAAAAAAACCCAUUCAGACAAGCACUCUUUCCGUAGUUUUAAUCGUAGUUUUAAUCCCCCAACUCGCCGAUACAUUGGUGCCGUGACCAGGAUGGAGGAGCUGCAACGUCUAAUUGCCUCUCGGCGAGGCCACAGGCGCCAUCUUACGAAGUUAAUGAAGAAAUCCGAGGAGAUUUUUACCAAAGAUGGCGGGUUUACCGAACUCGAACUCGCAUCGGCGAAAAACACAACGCAUCAACUCGAAGCAAAGGCUGGGAAACUCCGAGACUUAGAUGAGAUCAUAGCCCCGAAAAUCGAGAAGCCUGAAGAUUUGGAGGAGGAAAUAAUGGAAACGGAGGAAAUCCAGGAAGGGAUCACAGAUAUGAUUGCAAAGCUAAGUGUAAUCAUUAACAAUGACAAUGUACCGAGUGUUAAUACUCCUUCCCCCGUCGUUCCGCCGCCUGUCGCUCCAACAUCCUCUCCCCAAAGCGCUUCUUCCAUGUCUCAAAAUCCAACCAAUAAAGAUCCAACCCAAGUCGUGCCACCCUCAAACACAACUCAAGUUGUCCCGCCCCCAAACAUUACUCACCCCAGCAAUGAGCCUUUCAUUCCCCAAGCAAGUAACUUCAACUCCUAUAGCACACGUCUCCCAAAGCUGAACUUGCCCGUUUUUAGUGGGGACCCGUUGGAGUGGAUGACCUUCUGGGAUUCCUUUAAUGUAGCUGUUCACAGCAAGCCAGGCUUGCCUGAUGUAGACAAGUUUAAUUACCUAAAGGCCCAGGUUUCAGGGGAGGCAGAGCAAGCAAUUGGGGGCUACCUAAUUUCAGGGGAUAAUUAUGUGAAGGCACUGGCCACUCUCAAGGAACGUUUUGGGCGAACACACAGUGACGAAUGCUCAUAUGACUGCCCUAUUAGAUCUGCAAUUUCCCACAAGCAAUCUUGAGAGCUUGCGCCCCUUUUGUGAUGCAUUGGAAACCAAUAUAAGAGCACUAGAAGCCCUCGGCAAGUCCCAAGACUCCUUUGGGGAACUCCCUAUUCCUGUUAUUUUAGGAAAGCUCCCUAAUGAAACCAAGCGCAACCUAGCCAGGAUACAACAAGGGGGGGACUGGGCCAUACAAGGUCUGAGGGAAGCUCUUAAGCAUGAGCUUAAGGUUUUAGAAGCAGGAUCCCCCCUCCUGUCGGAAUCUACACCCACAGCCUCAUUCUUUACCGGGGUAAAGGGGCCUCAUCCCCAGGGGAAAUGCAAACCCAAGGUCAUUCAGUGCGUUUACUGUAAAGGGAAGCACAGUACACAUAACUGCGCCACCGUUUCUGACCCUAAGGCAAGGAAGGACAUUGUUGUCAGGCUGAGGCUCUGUUAUAAUUGCCUUUCAUCCUCCCAUAUCAGCUCCAAAUGCACCUCGAAGUUUCGCUGCCGUCAAUGCGGAGCCCACCAAGAAGAUGAAUUUGAUCUACAGCAAUUUUGGUCCCUAGAGUCAAUGGGCAUAUCACCCAAUGCUGACCCCCCUGAGAAGAACUUCUUGACUAAUUACCAGGCCACCUCGAUCACUAGAGACGAAGACGGCACAUACAUUGCUGGGUUUCCCUGGAAGGAAGAGCACGCCCCUCUCCCAACUAACUUCAGUAUCUGCGAGAGACGCACAAGGGCUAUCGCACGACGACUUCACAAGACACCAGAUUUGAUGAAGAGUUAUGACGACAUCAUCAAGGAACAAGAGGCCAGAGGGUUCAUUGAGAAGGUUAGCAACCCUGACCCGUCUGACCACGCCCACUACAUACCCCACCACCAUGUAAAAAAGGAGUCAUCGACCACGCCCAUUCGUAUUGUCUUCGAUUGUAGUUGUCACCAGGCUCCCUCGACCCCAAGUCUGAACGACUGCCUAGAGGUCGGUUCACCUUACCUAGCUGACAUGGGCUCGAUUUUAGUGCGGUUUCGCGCCCACCCUAUUGGAAUUUCUACUGAUAUAGAAAAAGCUUUCCUCCAUGUACGUCUCAGCAAAGCUGACCGCGACAUGACCCGGUUCCUAUGGCUCUCCGAUCCCGGUGACCCCGAAAGUGAGUUCCAGACCUACCGUUUCAAGUCGGUCCUUUCUGGCUCUGCGAGCUCCCCCUUUAUGCUGAAUGCUUUCCUUCAAACACACCUUGAUAAUCAUAAGACACCAGUCACACAGGACAUGAGGGACAAUCUCUAUGUUGACAACAUCAUCACCGGCUGUGAAACACACCAAGAGGCCCCGAGUUACUAUGACGAAUCAAGAAGUGUCAUGACUAAAGCCAAGUUCAACUUACGGUCUUGGGCAUCCAAUAGCCAACCCCUUCUCCAUCGUGCUACCCUUGAUGGAGUGAACGAUGCCAACUGCGACAGUGUCAAUGUUCUAGGCUUACGGUGGGACACCUCAACCGACACGCUAACACUUGCAUGUAAAGAAUUACUAGCACCUGACGACACUCUUGUCACAAAGCGAGAGAUCUUAAGGGAGUCAUCUAAGAUCUAUGACCCACUAGGCCUCAUCACCCCCAUCUCAAUCCGCGCUAAGAUCCUUAUCCAGGACCUCUGGAAGUUAAACGUAGAUUGGGAUGAACCCCUGAAUGGGGAGAUACGAACUCGCUGGCUCAGCAUUGCGCAAGAAAUCCGACAAUCAACCAAUCUUAUUAUUCCUAGAUGCUAUCUCAGCAAUCGGUCAGCCAACGAGACGACUCAGCUGCAUGUAUUCGUGGAUGCUAGCCCGAAAGCCUACGGAGCUGUGGCAUACAUACGGCAGCCCAAUCAGACUUCCUUUGUAAUGGCAAAGUCACGUGUCGCUCAAGUAAAGGAACUGUCACUCCCCAAACUAGAAUUGAUGGCAGCACUGGCUGGUGCAAACCUUGCAGAGUACUUGCCUAACUCUUUGCAGAAGAAUUUUCCUGAUCUACAAGCAUUCUUCUGGUCGGACAGCCAGAUCGUGCUCAAUUGGCUUCACAGUAAUAAGCAGCUUCAGCAGUUUGUAGGUAAUCGAGUCAGAGAAAUCAAGCGUCUCUCUCAGCCAUCUAGUUGGCGUUACUGCCCCACACGCGAUAAUCCAGCAGACCUACUAACGAGGGGUCUAACCACAGCAGAGCUCCAAGCAUCAACAGCAUGGCUGCAUGGUCCAUCCUGGAUAACUUCAGAAUGCGACUGGCCAACGUGGGAAUCAAGCACCACCCUUCUUGUUGAGAUCCCAGAGGAAGAACCUAAAGUUACCCCAGAACCUGAUGUGUUAGGAGAGCAAACCGACUCUAAAGCAGACGCGAAUUCAGUCGAGAAUCCAAGCAUCAGCACGAUCAUGGAUCCCACUAGACACAGCACACUGAGGAAACUUCAACGUGUAACCGCUCUUGUACUGAGGUUCGUCCAUAACCUCAGAAACCCCACUGACCGCAGAAACGGACCUCUGAUGGUCACUGAGCUGACGAAAGCAGAGAGGACAUGUAUCCACGAUCGCCAACGCCACUCUUACGCCAAAGAAAUAGCAAACCUUUCCGCCCAUGACAAGUCUGGGACCCCUUUGACACGGCAGCUGCGCCUGUUCAUGGAUGACGAUGGCUUACUUCGCUGUGGCGCGAGGAUUCACAAUGCCCCUGUUUCUGAAAACGCCAAGUUUCCAGUUCUUCUUCCGAAAAAAGACUACGUGACGACCCUCGUUAUCUGUGACACGCAUGAACCCCAAUUACAUGCUGGCGUUAGCUCGACACUAACUGCAUUACGCCAGAAAUUCUGGGUGCCUUCGGGAAGAUUCCAAGUAAAAAGGGUCUUGAACAAAUGCGUAACGUGCCAAAAAGUGAACGGUGCUCCAUACCGAGCUCCAGACGCUCCGCCACUAACAAGCCUCAGACUCCGGGAGACCCGACCCUUUGCGGUUACAGGAGUGGACUUUACGGGAGAACUAUAUAUACGAAACGGGAAAACUGACUCGAAGGCCUAUAUCUGUUUGUUGACAUGCGCAGCUACUAGAGCUGUACAUCUUGAAGUCGUUUCAGAUUUAUCAAUCAAAACAUUCAUUCUCGCCGUACGUAAAUUCGCAAGCCGCCAGUCCAUUCCAGACGUUAUCAUUUCUGAUAAUGCCAGUACCUUCCAAUCGGCGGCUGCUGAACUCGAGCACCUGUUUAAUUCACCAACGCUCAAAUAGUUGCUCGGCAAACAAGGGAUAGAUUGGAAGUUCAUCCCGAAAAGAGCUCCAUGGUAUGGAGGGUUUUGGGAGAGGCUGAUCGGCCUCACGAAGACGACGCUGAAGAAAGUCCUUGGCCGACCAUCCAUCAACUUAGUCACUCUCCAGACGGUUGUCAUGGAAAUUGAGGCUAUCCAAAAUGACCGCCGACUAACAUAAGUCUCUCCUGACAUAAAUGAUGACGACCCUCUUACACCAUCCCAUCUACUGUAUGGAAGGAGGAUUACCAGUCUCCCACAUCCUGACACUGAUGCGGACGAACUAGCUGACCCGAGCUAUGCAAACGAUUAUCAUCUCCGAAGGGAUGCUACUCGUGUAGCACUAGUUAUACAACACUUCUGGCAGCGCUGGAAGCAGGAGUACCUCACUUCGCUGCGGUGCUUCCAUGCCGCAACAGGUGGCAGCGGUGAAACACGCGUCAAGAUAGGAGACGUUGUCCAGAUCCACAGCGAGAAGAAGAGGUUGAAGUGGAAACUAGGCGUAGUGGAAGAUCUGAUUAGAGGUGCCGACGGAUGUGUACGGGCUGUAACCUUAAAAAACAGCUAAGGGUCACACGAACAGACCUAUCUCCAAGCUAUAUCCCCUUGAGAUUACUACUGAUGUUGUGGAAACUGCAGACGCGCAGACAGGAGGUCAGCUCCAGUCCAACCAACCUAUCAGGAGAAGCAUGCGAAUUACAGCUGCCACAAGGGACCACAUCGCAGACUGGGCCCGGCAACUACGCGCCCCCCGGAGGAUGUCUGAACUCAUAUAUAACUGACAUUCAUAGAUUGACAUUAUCGUUAUUAUUGUUAUUGGGUUCCCUGUGGGCAUGAUGUCACGUGAUUGAUGAGCCCACGAGGGAUUUGUUGAGUUCAUAAAAAAACAAUUCAGACAA